CACUGACUGGCACUGUUAGGUGGCACUGACUGGCACUGUUAGGCGGCACUGAUAGGCAGCACUGACUGGCACUGAUGGGUGACACUGAAAGGCAGCUCAGAUGGGCACUGAUAUGUGGCACUGAAAUGUGUCACUGAUGUGGCACUGUCAGAUGGCAUUGAUGAGCACUGAGAGCUGGCAAUGAUGGACACUGACAGGUGGCGCUGCUGGGGCUACACAGAUCAUCAGGGCACACUGAUCAUUAGUGCCCUGAUGAUCUCUGUCAGCGUGACAGCUCGUGGGGAGAGAAAUGCAGAUAACCGGCAUUUCCCUGUUUACAUGUAAUCAGCUGUGAU